AUGGCCCGUCUCCAACUCCCAGGUGCGCACCCGCCAUCCAGCAUCUUGCAUCGUUUUGAUGAAUUCCUUCUGGUAUUCAAAGGGCACGGUCAUAUCCUGGGUGGAGCAGAUAUAUCCAAUCUGCGGGAUACCGCCGUCCUCCGGCCGCCAGGCGACAUGCUACAGCUUGCCGUCAAACCCAUUUCCAUUCCACCGCUUAAAGGUAGCAAUGUACGCUUCGAUCUCCUCUUCGGGCCUCGGGGAUGGCUCCACGACGCUUUUGGGGUCUCGGGGAAUACAGGUCCGGACGGCGGCGAAGUCAAAGGCCAGGUCCAUCAGAUCGCCCUGUCCGUGCGAGACGACGACGUCGACCAUGGAGAUCCCUUCGGUGACGGCGAAACCGGCGAUAUAGACGACGUAACUGAUAUAAAAGCUUUUACCACUGUUGAGUCUCCAGAAUUUUAG